AUGGCUACGAGCCCUACCGAGAGACAGCCUCGCGGGAGUGCUGAGUUCGUAGAGUGCUCAGUCCUUGAGGCUGUUGUGCCUGCUGAGUCUACCAUUGAUGUCGAAGAUGAGCUGAGCUCAUGGGACGGCACUAGCGAAGACGACAGUGGCUCUAUAUUGCCUUUUCUGUCACAGCGGCAAGUGCUACUCUUCGUGUUUCGGACGCCAUUAAUAGAAGACACGACUUUGAAGUCGUACUUGGCCAGGCUGGCUAUCAAUCUAGAAGCAUUCGCCUUUAGCACAGCUCCGCCUCCAGAACCAGAAACAAAAGCUCCCCCUCCAAAGGAGCUGAUAUUCUCAGAGACAAUCAAAGCCUCGAAUGAGCCGGCUAUUGUUCGCCAUGAGGAAGAAGGCAGUCCUCAUAUCUAUGUCAUCUGGAAGGUGGAGGUAUUCAUAUGCCGGCCGCGAGGGAGAUUCCAUAAACCAGCUGUCUAUUUCCAGCCUACAGCAUCCCUGAAACCCGCUGAGAAGGCUAAAAGGAGUCUCCUCGACGAUGAAUAUCUUCCGAGCAGGGUCCCGACAGCGCUCAAUCUCCUUCAGUCUUUUGAGAACGAUCCUGUUCUGGCUGGUAUCCAUCCACGACUGUCUGCAUUGAGAAUAAGCAAGAUCGCGCCCACCGCCCCGGUAGCGAAAGAGAUGGUUCGCCCAAUAAGAAAUGGCCAGCGACGUCUUUUUCGAGCAUUACCCGCUCUAAUAUGGCGGAUACGAUAUUCGAAGGUCCAGGCGGCUGUAAGCGAUAUGUCGCUUAUGGCUUCUUUGGACUUUGAAGUUGCCUAUAUCACCGGCUGUAGUAUCAGCAUCGAGGAUAUCGAUCUGUCUUUACGAGGAGGCCACGUUAAGGCUAUUGCUGACUGCAUCGACACUACUGCAGUCUACAAACCAGGCGACCAGCUUACCUAUCUCUACAAGAUCACGCCAGAUCUUUCUCUCGAUGGCACACCGGCGUUUGGAAAGGAAGGACAUAUUCUGACACUAGAAGUGAAGGCAAAAGUACUCGUAUCUGAGGAUUGCAGGCCAUUGAUUACCAUUGGCUGGCAGACAGCCGUCGAUUUUAAUGCCGAUCUGAAUAGCAGCUUAGUGAAAGCCGCUCAUAGACUUAGCAACCCCACUGCACAACCCGUCAAACCUCCGAAUCCAGACUCGCUUCCCACUCACGACACUUCGAACCAAGAGGGCGAUGACGCUACGAACAGAGUCAUCAAUGUCACUCUCACAAUAUCAGGACCACCUCGGGUCCAAGUGGGUGAUGUCUUCCACUGGAACGUCUUCAUAGUAAAUCGCUCAGACAAGACGCGGAAGCUGGCCAUCUUAGUCCUACCGAAGAGGAAGCGGGAUUUCGACAGGCACAAACCACAUCCCUCUACAUCCUCAGCGGGCGGACACCGAGGAGAACAGAGGGAUCAAUUGGCGAGUGCAGUCGUGGAUGAGAACAUCGUCUACGCCAAGCAAAAGAACGCAAGAAUGGAAGCGGCCGAACUUGUAUGUCUGACCACAGACGUACGGAUAGGUCAUCUCGCACCAGGAGCCUGUUACACAGGAGACUUGAAAUUCUUGGCACUCUCUCCUGGAGUACUGUCUGUAGACGCCGUUCGAAUAGUGGAUUUAGCCACGAACGACACCUCAGACGUCCGUGACCUACCAGCGAUAGUGGCCGGCUGUCGCACUGACCUCUUUCCCCCAUUGACGUCGACCGCGCAUCAUUCAAGUGCACCCACCGCAACCAUGUCUAUCGAAGGCUCCCGACGCAGGGUCUUGUAUACUCUGAACUCCCGUUGGAUUUACGGUAAAAUUCCUCUCCUCCACGCCGCCGUAUUCCUCCUCCAAAUGGCCGCAGUCUCUCUCUUAACCCGCAAAUUCAACACCUACUAUGCCCAGCGGCCAGUCCUUACCACCAUGAUCACCAAUGCUAUAUUGGGUGGCAUAGCAGACACAGUAGCACAGACUUUGACCGCAGUGCGGCAGCGAGCAGUGCGGAAAGGCGGGCCCGACAAGGACGACUUCCUCGCCAUCGAGAUCCACGAGCUGGACAAGAAGAAUCCGUGGCCGCCAGGCGAGCUUAUUCCGGACUCCAAGAAGCUCCCGCCGCCGUUCGACUUUGAGCGAUUGACAAGAUUUAUGGCUUACGGUUUCUUGAUGGCUCCGGUGCAGCAUAAAUGGUUUGGAUUCUUGUCGAGGACAUUCCCAAUUACGAAGACCUCUGCUUUCCCGCCUGCCUUGAAGCGAGUCGCGUUCGACCAGCUGCUGUUUGCUCCGAUCGGUCUUGCGUGCUUCUUCACUUUCAUGACGGUCGCAGAAGGCGGCGGAAAGCGCGCAGUUGCACGCAAGUUUCAAGACGUAUAUGUGCCAGCCCUCAAAGCCAAUUUCUUGGUCUGGCCAGCAGUUCAGAUCGUCAACUUCCGCCUUAUGCCUAUCCAGUUCCAGAUUCCCUUUGUCUCCACAGUCGGUAUUGCCUGGACCGCAUACCUCUCCCUCACCAACUCCGCCGACGAAGUGUAA